CACACUCUGCUCCUGGAGAUUUUCGUCCGAUUCGUCGAUCUCCUCUCGAAAUAUUUUCAUCUGGUAGAUCCGUGUAAGCCUUUCUCUCGCGUUUCAGAGUCGAUAACAGACGAGAAUGGCUAGAAAGAGGACUGAAACUGCAACGGAGUCCUCAAAGGAGAUCAAAACGAGAGGAAAAUUCACCAGAGCCAACAAGUGUAUGAAAACAACUACUAAGAAAUUCCAUGAAUCUGGAAAACAUAGUAAUAGAAGAGAGGAGAAGUCCCCUUCUAAGUGUUCAGAAGAGUCUCCAUCUGCUCAAGUACGAAGGUCGAUAAGUACCAAAGACGGAGCUCAAGAAGUACCUGUCCUCGGUCUCCAUUUAGGCAAAGAGGUUCGACUUUCUGGAAAAAUGAAGUUGCAGCUUUUUCCUUUGGAUGCUCAUACCCGUGAAGGAUUAGAAAAGGGCGGCUUUCACCCAUAUUUGGAACUCACUCUUAGCUCACGGAAGAAGGUUUCUUCAGUGCUUCAACACAUUCACACUAAGUGGGGCAGCUCAGAGAUUGCUCGGGGAGAUCCCAUGUUGUACCCUUAUGAUAAAUUGGUACUCGCUUCUGGUCAUAAAUGGACAGCUAACAGCAACAUCACUAUAAGCGAUGUCUAUGUGGCUGUUGGAGCUCCAUCCCUUUUCCGCUUAAGGUAUGGAUGGUCCCCUGCGACUUAUAAUAAAACAGAUGAACCGCCAUCUCCAUCAACUCCGGGUAUCACUACUUUUCCAAAUGAAGAGCCUCAAAACAUCAUUUGUAACAAAACAGAGAGUUCCAGUUUUACGGGAAAGCAGACGUUUGGUUUAGGUAACCCAUUUACAAUGCUGCCCUCUUCAAAUCAAGUGACUGACCUGCCUCCCUCUGAAAGCACACCACCUGAUGGACAAGUCGAGUCAGCGGAGAACAAGAUAAACGAUGGAUCUGGCCCAACGAUUUUUUCAUGGGAUGAUGGUUUGACAAGCUUAAGUAUUGGUGGCUUACUUUCAGAAGUAUCUUUGAAGGGAAACUUGGGGAAUCGUUCCAAAAAUUCAAACGCAGUGAAUGCAAACGCGACUCUCUGGGACGACAGUCUUACAAACAUAAGCAUUGGAGGUCUGUUUUCCGAGGCAUCUUUACAAGACAAACGCGGUGUUAACCUCAAACAAGAAUCAACCCAUAAUAAUCAUAAUAAUGAUCAGCCAAGUGUAAGCAUUGGAGGCUUACUCUCUGAAGCAUCAUCACCAGGAGAGGGGAGGAUUAGUGACGGUAACCAAACAUGGGAGACAAGGAGAGCUAUCUCAAAACAGCCAUUACCCUUAAUCUCUGAUUCAUUAGAUGCUUUCCUGGUGAACCAAACAGAUCAGCCUCGAGCUCCAUGUCCUCCCGAGCUCUCACAUUCGUCUAUACUCGACGCAGAAGACACAUGCCAUGCAUUUUCAUUCCGAAAACGUACUACAACCUCACAGAAGGUUCUUGAGCAGGUAACUGAGGAAGCUGAGCAGCAGCAACAGAGAAAUGAAUCGAAACCUGCAAAAGGGUUGUUUGGUUCUACAGUGUUUAAUCAGGACACCAGCCUUGGAUUUUCAGGAAUCAAGUGGGCUGAUUCACGGGGACCAUUUGAUUUUGGUUUAUCUUCGUCGUCUCGAAAGUUUACUAAUGGAGACAGUGUAAGUUUCGGUGCUGUGUUAAAAGAUUUGCCGGAAUAGCCUUUACAAGAGAAAAGUCACAGGACCUGAAGAUUAAUCAGAAUUAAGAGGAUAAGGUCGUACUUUCCCUCAAAUUGACUUCUCAAAGCAGUGUGAUUACAUGUUCUUUGACCUGCUUCACCACCAUCAGUCUUCAAAUCUCUCAGGAAGCAACUCUUUUGCUCUGCAAAAUACAGUAUGCGAGAGCUUUGUUCAUUAAAGGACGCUGAAACUUUAAACUUGCAACAAAAACUUUGUCUAUAAUACUUCUUACCUGUAAAAACUUCAAUCCAGACAUGAGUUUCUGUACAACAGAUUAGUGAUGAUUACUGGACUGCUUACCACUCGCUUAGUCAACUGGGUUGCUGUAUAUAGAUUUAUUUAAGAUACUGAAGUAGGGGGAUAGCUGAUUUGGUUCGGCAUGAUUGAAAUUAAAU